GGACAUCAUUUGUGGGCGGGACUGCGUGGGUUCCUGGGACGUUGUUUCUCUCGAGGCGCUCCGGGCCCAGUGCACGGGGGCUGGGGAGACUCUGACCCGGACCUACACGCACACCAAGCCGGCGUUAAACGGGGGCACGGACUGCACGACGGCGCACGGCACAACGGAGGACGUGUUGUGUCCGACCAACUGCGUCGGCACUUGGGAUGUCGAGACGCUGGAGCAGCUGCGAAACCAGUGCACCGGGGCGGGAGAGACGCUUACUCGGACGUACUUGCAGAGCGUGGUUGCAUCCACCAACCCCGCCGGUGCAGCUUGCGCCCACCCGAACGGCGAGACCGAGUCGGUUGCGUGUGCGCUGCAUCACUGCAAGUGCGACAACGGCGAGGAGGAGACUGGGCCGACGUGCAACGCGCUGGGCACCACUAUCGGCUGUCUACAGGACCAGUGCCACGCCGGGUAUCAUGCAGUGGAGAGUACCUCCGAGGCGGGCCGCUUCACCUGCGAGGUCAACCGGUGUUUCUGUGACAAGGGAGCGCACGCCACGGGGCCGGAGUGCGCAGCGGAUGGGACGACGGAAAAAUGCACGGCGUGUUCCGAACCCGGGUACGGGCUCAGCGGGGACGAGUGCACGCUUUUGCAGUGCGUCUGUCCUCAUGGCGUGCCGGCGACGGGAAUUGACUGUGAACCGGACGGCACAGUGGAGAUGUGCACCAAGUGCACUGCGGUCGGGUUCCAUUUGAACGCUGGCACGAGCAAGUGCGAUCAAAACGUGUGCACCUGCGACACCGGGGGAUCGCCUGCGACGGGGGAGGCCUGCACGACAGACGGUGCCCAUUUGUGCAGCAGCUGCGAAGACGGAUUCCACGCAACGGCAGAGGACAAAUGCGUAGCGAAUGCAUGCACGUGUGACCACGGGACGGCCUUGACAGGCCCUCCGACAUGUGUGGAGCAUGGAGUCACGCCCGGCUGUGACACGUGUCUCGAGGGAUACGAGAAAGUGGACCUUGUGUGCGUAACCACGACGACGACGACAACGACAACGACGACGGUGACAACGACAGUUACCACAACGUCCACAACAGGAUUUUUGGCCAGCGAAACCGAGCCCGGGAUCUUGCCUGAAGACGAAGUUAUCGAAGAUGAAAGGCCCGCCGAAGGCGAAAUCGAAGAGGAAAAGCCCGAAGUUGAAGUCGAGGAGGACAAGAAGGACCAGGUCCGCUCAUUUGAUAUGGGCGUGAAUAUACCAGCGGACCCCCAGGAAGCGGAAGCAGUUUUGAACAGCGCAGAAUUUAAAAAUUCGAUCGCCACGGGUCUUGUGAAGUUUUUCCAGGAGAAGGGCGUCACCGAUCUCAAGGAGGAUCAGCUCGAGAACAUACAGAUUACCCUGGAGAAGUCUUCGUUUUCGUCUGCAUUUUUGUCUUCCGCCGCCACCGCGAGUUUUGCUACAGACCAGGACGAGGCCGGUGCCGCAAAGAACAGUAAUCCAAGGGAGGGUAUUAGCCGGGGUCGCAUGGCUAGAAUACGAAAGAGCGGCAAAGAUGCAAGGGUGUUGCGGUUUGAGGAUAAAGACCAAGACGCGGCAAGAACCGACGGCGCUGCGGGUUUGUCUGCAGAGGAGGUGGGACAGAAGAAGGUCUUCAACAAGAGGUCUAUGUCGAACAUAAAAGUGCAGUUUACCAUUCACCCCAGCGCCAACGGCUCCUCGAACCAAGCUGCGUUGCUCAACAAUGCCUGGCCCUCGUCCACCUCGAGUUCGGCGGGGUCCGCGAACAACGCAGGGGCCGGCCCCAUAGGUGGUGCCGGUCCGUUGGUGCAGGCGGUGAACACGCAGGUAGCCAAAAGUCCGGGCCUCGCGAACACCAUCACGGUCGUGGAGGCAGAAGAUGAGAGCACGUCUUCCGCGCCCGACGAACAGGAACACAGCACGCCAUUCCCCCUCAACCCCGCGUCUGGCUCUGGGGAAACGGUCGUGUAUGAGAAAUCGAUCACGAUUAACAUUAACAAAAAUAGUAGUGGCACACUAUCGACCGGUGCGAUCGCUGCAAUCGCCAUCAUUUGUCUCGUUGUCCUUGUCGGCAUUGGCUUUACCGUGAUGGAUCCGACCAAGCUGGGAAUGCAGGGCGUUCCAGGACCGGAGCUGGCACGGGAGAUCGAUGAAUCGAGCAGCAGCAGUGAAGAGGAGCAGAAGCCGCCGGCUGGGACCCCUCCCGCGGGCAGUACAAGCCCACGCGAGGGUCAGCAACCGGUGCCGGGGCUCCAGCAGCAAUCUGUCACUGAAAGCCCGCGCGGACCACAGGAUGCUGUCGGUGCAAGCCCGCGCGGACCACAGGAUGCUGUCGGAUGCAGCUGUCGGUGCAAGCCCGCGCGGACCGCAAGAAUCGAUUACCACUUCUGCGCCGCAAGAACAGCCAGCGGGAGAAGAUGCGGCCGCACAAGAAAGCACUGCAGCACAGGACGCCCCAGCUACGUCCGCUGCUGCCGCGGAGCAAACGACAAGCCAUUCCGCUGCGGGCGUGGAAAGCGCCACCGCAGCCGUGGAACAACCGCAGCCGGAUGCGGUCGCGUCGCUACCGGUAGAGGGAAAAGUCAAGAAGAAAAAGCGCAAAGUCAAGGAGGACGGCGAGGAUCCCGCGGGCGAUCCUUCAGGAGAAGGCGGCGCCAGUACUGUGCCUGAAGCGACAGCGGCUGUUGCCGAUCCUUCCGCCGAUGCAGCUGCGUCUGCUUCCACGUCGGAGGUGAAGAAAAAGAAGAAAAAGAAAAUCAGUGCGGGACCUGAUGCUGGGGCAGCAGCAGGGGAGCCACCUCCUGCUGAGCAGGCACCGGAAGAACCCCAAUAAAUGAAUGUACAGAAGCAGCCCCAUUGGCGAUGUAGUUAAUGUAGAGCAACAGUUGGAAUGAUCUGUAAAGUGUAAACUAUGACGACGAAGAACGUUUAUAAGUACGACGAGAAAAGAACAAAGUGCAGGUCGUGAAGUUGCAACUUGCCAUCAUACGCCAGUUCGGAAACUAAACAGUCAAAUUCUGCUUAUGGCGCGCAAAGCCUAGAUUCGAUUGGAAGUUGUAAACCAAUCCACGGGAAGGCGAAAGACCCCUGAAGAUGAAGAAGAUGUUGACGAUUCCUUUGACUUUACUGAAGUGAAUUUCUCCGCCAGAGAAAAUCAAAAACAAAACUUUCGAAGAAAA